AUGUCCGACAAUCACCAACCAGAGCUGAAACCGGGCCAUAAUCCCUACAACAAACUGGCGGCCACAUUAUCAAAGACAGGCGCACUCCGUUGUAAGGUGGGGAGGACUUUCACAAAUAUGACCGGCACCAACCAAGGGACAUCUGGUCCGUUGUCAAAGGGGAAAGGCCCCACCUGUUCUGAAUCACCGCAAGAGACCACCUUUCAACCCCGUAUCACGGACAAGCCGGCAACCGCUUCUUCCUCAUCCAAUUGGUCCGAAUUGAAGGCGCAGCAAGACACUGACCGGAUUUGUCUAGAGAUGGCCUCAGGGUAUCCGUUGCAGAUAUCCGUCAUGCGCUGGCGGAUACCUGCCAGGCCCAACAGAUACCUGCCAGAGGAUUUGGAUUUGGGUGCGGAUGCCCCAGUCUCCUCGGAAUCCUGGCGGGCAUCCAGGUAUCUCUAG